AAACCAAGUGUGGAGCUGAGUGUGAACAAAGCUGAGUCAAGUUGGAAUUGAUUGCGUUACAACGGAGAUGGGUUUGAAGCCUAUAGACUGGUACUGUCGGCCAGAAGCUAAUGGGGUAUGGGAGAAAGCAGGGAGUGGUUUUGGCUCAUACACACCCUGUGCAAUGGACUCUGUGGUCAUCUGCAUUUCUCAUCUAGUACUUUUCGGAUUGAGCUGCUAUCGUAUAUGGAUGAUCAAGAAGAAUUUGAAAGCCCGGAGGUUCAGGUUGAGGUCAAAUUACUAUAACUACUUGUUGGGAUUAUUGGCUGGUUACUCCACUGCUGAGCCUAUGCUGAGGCUGGUGAUGGGUUUAUCUCUUUUUAACCAGUUUGGAAAAAUUGGGUUUGCUGCUUUUGAGAUGACUUCUUUGUUCAUUGAAGCUCUUGCUUGGUUCUCUAUGCUAAUUCUAAUUGGCUUGGAAACUAAGAUAUAUAUUCGGGAAUUCCGAUGGUAUGUGAGGUUUGGAGUCCUUUAUGUCUUGGUAGGAGAUGCUGUGGUGCUGAAUCUUAUACUUGGAGUGACAAAUUCCUACAGCAGAUCUUCCCUGUAUCUGUAUAUAAGCACUGUUUGUUGUCAGGUGUUGUUUGGAAUUCUACUUCUCUUCUAUAUGCCCAAUUUGGAUCCUUAUCCCGGGUAUAUUGUUCUGGAAUCUGAGUCACUUGACAAUGCUGAUUAUGAAGCACUACCCGGAGAAGAUCAAAUUUGCCCUGAACGGCAUGUUAAUAUAUUUUCCAGAAUAUAUUUUGCAUGGAUGACUCCACUCCUGCAGCUAGGGUACAGAAAACCCAUCACUGAAAGAGAUGUCUGGAAGUUGGACACAUGGGAUCAGACCGAGACACUGAUUAAUAGGUUUCAGGAAUGUUGGUUUGAAGAAUCUCGAAAGUCCAAGCCAUGGCUUCUGAGAGCAUUGAAUUGUAGCCUUGGACGAAGGUUCUGGUUAGGGGCAGGCUUUUUCAGGAUAUGCCAUGAUCUCUCUCAGUUUUUGGGUCCCAUGCUAUUAAAUCAUCUUUUGCUGUCAAUCCAACGGGGUGAUCCAGCUUGGAUUGGUUAUAUAUAUGCCUUCUUAAUUUUCAUUGGUGUGUCAUUUGGUGUGCUCCCUGAAUCUCACUAUUACCAGAAUAUUAUGCGGGUUGGCUAUCGGUUGAGAUCAACUUUGGUCGCUGCUAUAUUCCGUAAAUCCAUACAAUUAACACAUGAGGGCCGUACGAAGUUCCCAUCUGGGAAGAUAUUAAAUAUGAUGACUACAGAUGCUAUGGCACUCCAGAGAACUUGCGAACAACUUCAUGGACUAUGGUCUGCCCCUUUUCGUAUCAUCGUAGCUAUGGUUCUUCUUUACCAACAAUUAGGUGUUGCAUCGCUUAUUGGAUCCUUGAUGCUAAUUCUCAUGAUCCCUAUACAGACAACUAUCAUGAGCAAUAUGCGGAAACUGAGAAAGGAUGGAUUGCAACAGACUGACAAGAGAGUGGGCCUCAUGAAUGAAAUUUUAGCUGCUAUGGACACUGUGAAAUGUUAUGCCUGGGAAACGAGUUUCCAGCUGCGAGUUCAAAAUAUACGAAAUGAUGAGCUUUCAAGAUUCCGUAAAGCGCAAUUACUAUCUGCUUUGAACAGUUUUAUUCUCAGCAGCAUCCCAAUUGUUGUGACAGUGAGUUCAUUUGGGGCAUUCACUUUUUUUGGAGGCAAAUUGACACCUGCUAGGGCAUUUACAUCACUUUCUCUUUUUGCACUGCUACGCUUUCCCCUAGAGAGCCUACCCAACUUAUUAAGUCAGGUUGUAAAUGCAAAUGUAUCCUUACAGCGUUUGGAGGAACUUUUGUUAACUGAAGAGAAAAGUCUAGUACCCAAUCCGCCUCUGGAACCAGGCCUUCCAGCCAUCUCAAUUCAGGAUGGGUACUUUUCAUGGGAUUCAAAGGCAGAGAAGCCCACAUUAUCAAACAUCAACUUAGAUAUACCAAUUGGCAGCUUAGUAGCAGUUGUUGGCGGCACUGGAGAAGGAAAGACAUCACUUAUAUCAGCCAUGCUUGGAGAGCUGCCUCCCAUUGCAGAUGCAGGUGUUGUAACUAGGGGGACUGUUGCUUAUGUUCCCCAAGUUUCAUGGAUUUUCAAUGCUACUGUACGUGAAAACAUUUUGUUUGGAUCUGAAUUUGAAGCUGAACGGUAUUGGAAGGCUAUUGAUGUAACUGAGUUACACCAUGACCUAGACUUGCUUCCAGGUCGAGAUUUAACAGAGAUAGGUGAAAGGGGGGUCAAUAUUAGUGGAGGUCAGAGGCAAAGGGUUUCAAUGGCUAGAGCUGUAUAUUCUAAUUCAGAUGUGUACAUAUUUGAUGACCCUUUAAGUGCUCUAGAUGCUCAUGUUGCUAGAGAGGUUUUCAACUGCUGUAUCAAGGAAGAAUUGCAGGGGAAAACUCGGGUGUUUGUCACAAAUCAGCUACACUUUCUGCCACAAGUGGAUGAAAUUAUAUUAGUCUCUGACGGUAUGAUUAAAGAUAAGGGAACAUUUAAGGAUCUCUCUGAAAACAGUUUGUUGUUUCAAAAACUGAUGGAAAAUGCUGGGGAAAUGGAUGAACAUGUAGAAGAAAAGGAACAGAGUAAAACUGAGGUAGUGGUGGAUGACUUGCCAAAAGAUGCGAGCUACACCAAGAAAUGGAAGGGGUUGAAAUCUGUACUCAUCAACCAAGAGGAACGGGAAACAGGUGUUGUAAGUUGGAAAGUUUUACACAGGUAUAAACAUGCAUUAGGAGGGCUAUGGGUGGUCAUGGUACUAUUUACUUGUUAUACACUCACUGAAGUUCUUCGAGUUUCAAGCAGCACAUGGUUAAGUUUUUGGACUGACCAAAGCACGUCCAAGAGUUAUGCACCUGGGUUCUACAUUCUCAUAUAUGCGAUUCUAUCAUUUGGUCAGGUGACAGUGACUCUGACAAAUGCUUUUUGGCUAAUCACUUCAAGUCUUCGUGCAUCCCAAAAUUUGCAUGAUGCUUUGCUACAGGCUAUACUUAAGUCUGCAAUGGUGUUCUUUCACACUAACCCAACUGGAAGGAUGAUCAAUAGGUUUGCAAAGGAUCUGGAUGAUAUAGAUCGCAAUGUAGCUGUUUGUAUGAACUCGUUUCUGGGUCAAGUGUGGCAGCUCCUUUCCAGUUUUGUGCUCAUAGGCAUUGUGAGCACAAUAUCCCUCUGGGCCAUAAUGCCACUUAUAGUUUUAUUCUAUGCAGCGUAUAUCUUCUUUCAGAGCACAUCCCGUGAAGUGAAACGCUUGGAUUCCAUUACCAGAUCUCCGAUUUAUGCACAGUUUGGAGAAACAUUAAAUGGUUUAUCAUCAAUUCGUGCUUAUCAAGCUUAUGAUCGGAUGUCAAACAUUAACGGAAGGUCUAUGGAUAAUCAUAUCAGAUUCUCUCUUGUGAUUGGUGGUUCAAACCGAUGGCUUGCUAUAAGGUUGGAAACACUGGGAGGUAUCAUGAUUUGGGUGGUAGCAACCUUUGCUGUCAUGCAAAAUGCAAGAGCGGAAAACCAAGUACAAUUUGCAUCUACAAUGGGUCUACUUCUCACUUAUACUUUGAAUAUCACAAGUAUGUUGAGUGAUGUUCUUAGACGAGCAAGCAGGGCUGAAAAUAGUUUAACAGCAGUUGAGCGAGUUGGAACAUACAUAGACUUGCCUUCUGAGGCUCCAGCUGUUAUUGAAAGCAACCGUCCUCCACAUGGGUGGCCAUCAUCAGGAUCAAUCAAGUUUGAGGAUGUUGUCCUCCGCUAUAGACCUGGGCUUCCACCCGUUCUGCAUGGAUUAUCAUUUAGAGUUUCUGCUAAUGAGAAGCUAGGAAUAGUUGGAAGAACUGGUGCUGGAAAAUCUAGCAUGAUUAAUGCAUUGUUUCGGAUAGUAGAAAUAGAAAAAGGAAGCAUCUUGAUUGAUGGUUGUGAUGUUGGUAAGUUCGGACUGGCGGAUUUGCGAAAAGUUCUUAGCAUCAUACCCCAAGUACCGGUUCUUUUUACAGGAACUGUUCGGUUUAAUCUUGAUCCUUUCAGGGAGCAUAAUGAUGCUGACCUUUGGGAAGCCCUAGACAGGGCACAUCUAAAGGAUGUUAUUAGAAGGAAUUCCUUCGGUCUUGAUGCUGUGGUUUUGGAGGGUGGUGAUAAUUUCAGUGUUGGACAGAGGCAGCUAAUAAGUCUUGCUAGAGCAUUGCUACGGAGAUCAAAGAUUCUUGUUCUUGAUGAAGCAACUGCAGCUGUGGAUGUCAGAACUGAUGCUCUCAUCCAAAAAACCAUACGUGAAGAAUUCAAAUCAUGCACUAUGCUUGUUAUUGCUCACAGAUUGAACACCAUUAUCGACUGUGAUCGAAUUCUUGUUCUUAAUUCCGGUCAGGUCCUAGAACAUGGUUCGCCAGAAGAACUACUGCUAAAUGAACAGAGCGCAUUCUCGAAGAUGGUCAGGAGUACAGGACCAUCUAAUGCUCAGUAUUUGCAUAGCCUGGUAUUUGAAUGUGAGAAGAAUAAGAUGAAUAUAGAAGAAAACAAACAACUGGUUGGCCAGAGCCAGAGGAGAUGGUUGGCCUCUUCACGCUGGGCAGCUGCCGCCGCUUUGGCUAUUAGUCUCACGUCCUCACAGAACGAUCUCCAAAGGUUAGAUAUUGGAGAUAAGGACAAUAUCCUUACGAAAACAAAAGAUGCAGUUAUAACACUACAGGGUAUUUUGGAAGGAAAGCAUGAUGAAGAUAUAGACACAUCACUAAAUCAGCACCAUAUUCCAAGAGAGGGGUGGUGGUCAGCUAUCUUCAGAAUUUUUGAAGGUCUUGCCGUGAUGAGCAGGCUGUCUGAGAACAGACUUCACCCUUACGUAUAUGACAAUGUGGAAGACCAAUCUAUAGGUUGGAGUUGAACGAGGAAUGGAAAAGAACUGUUUGAUAAUGUACCUGCAAUUUUCUCUGAAUUAAAGUCAUAAGGAAUAAGUGUAUCAAUUCCAGAUAUGGUAUUGUAUAGUUUAGAUGAGUAAGAGUAAGCUAUACUCUGGAUGAAUCAACAGAGCUACAUCGGGCUUAGAAAAGGGAAAAACUUGGGAUCUUUUCUUUUACACAGUUUAAUUAUUUGAAAACAAGAAGACUAGACAUCAACCAAAUUGUUACUUUUAUAGUCUAUUUCAAUUAUAAUGGUCUGUGAUGAGGGGAUCGGUCCUAGCUUCUACAGGAAACAUGAAUGGGAGAUUGGCAACUUUCUUUUUAGGCAAAUCAUAACCUUCUUGCACCUAUUCUAUCUAAUGAUUUGGCUGCAACACGGGUACAACUGUACAACAUAUA